AAUAUUCAUUCAGAUUUGACAUACGUCACUAUAGGUCAUUGGUCUGUUGUUGGUUAUGUUUGAAAGUCACCGUAGAUUUCAAAAAAUAGUGUUAUUUUUAAUAAUUUAAACAAAAUUCCGUUUGCUCUAGUUUUGUCUCGACAAUAAAUAAUAAUAUAAAAAAAGAAAUGCAAACAGAAAAUUUUCUAUUAAAUGGACAACCAAAUUCAAAGCCACCACCAGAUAGAAAAUCGGAGAAUCCGCCUCCGCUCUUUAUGAAAUUAUCACCAUAUGUAUUGGCAUUACGACCAUGGUCAUUAAGUGCAUCAUUAAUGCCAACACUAUUAGGUUCAGUUAUUGCUUAUAAACUUUCUAGUGGUUUUAGUUUUAUUUCUCUAAUAUUAACAAUUUUCACAAUUGUUUCCGUUCAUGGAGCUGGUAAUUUAGUUAACACAUACUUUGAUUUCGUAAAAGGUAUCGAUAAUCGAAAAUCAGAUGAUCGUAUUCUAGUGGAUCAGUUAUUAAGUAAAGAUGAAGUUGUCUCCUUUGGAGCAUUUUUAUACGCAGCUGGUUGUGUAGGCUUUAUAAUCUUAGCAUAUAUCUCCCCUGCAAAAAUGGAACAUUUAGCACUAGUUUAUUUUGGUGGAUUGAGUUCCAGUUUUUUAUAUACAGGUGGUAUAGGUUUUAAAUAUAUUGCUUUAGGAGAUGUACUUGUGUUAAUUAUAUUUGGACCGAUUUCGGUACUUUUUGCAUUCAUGGCACAAACUGGUCGUGUAGAAUGGGCUACAAUUUAUUAUGCGAUACCGUUAGCCUUGAAUACUGAAGCGAUUUUGCAUAGUAAUAAUACACGAGACAUGGUGUCUGAUAAAAAAGUUGGUAUCGUUACGUUAGCCAUUUUGAUUGGACAUACAGCAUCACAUAUUUUAUAUGCAUUUUUAUUAUUCACUCCCUAUAUUAUUUUUGUUGUAAUUUCGUUAAAUCAUUCGAAAUGGUUUGGGUUACCGUUAAUUACGCUUCCAGCUGCAUUUCGUUUAGAGAAACAAUUUCGUAAAUCGGAUACAAUACGAACUGUGCCCAAACAAACGGCAAAAUUGAAUUUAUAUUUUGGUUUAUUGUAUGUGUUAUCAUGUUGGUGUGUGCCGAGUUUACCAUUAAUACGCUAAUUGACUAAGUUUUUUUUAAAAAUAUCAAAUCUUUUUUUUUAUAUGAUUAUUUAUUAUUAAACAUAUUGUACGAUGACUCAAUUUUUUUGAAAACAGUUGUUUUUAUUUAAAAGAGAAUCUUUUUUCAUGAAGUGGAAAACGUAACGGAAGAUUUGAUUGGACAAUUUUUUUUUUGUAUGUAAACUUUUUACAUACACUUCGAUCCGGAUUUGGGGCGUAAAUUUGAUAUGUGUAAAAUUUCACUUUUCUAAAAGGCAGUGGAAUCUCGAUAACUCGAACGUCCAGGGAAAUGAAAAAAUUUCCAGUUCAUGAGUUUUCAACUUAACAAGUAUUUCGAGAAACAGCGGAUUUAACUGCUAAAAUUCCGACUUAGAAAGACGUCAUUAUAUUUUACUAAAUAGGUACGACUUACGGAGUUUGCUUUUUGAAAUUCGGGUUACAGAGUAUAAAUAUAUACUAUUAAUACCUCGCAGGGAAAUAACAUUUCGUUCGAGUUACAAAGUCUAAAUAAUUCGAGAUACCCCUUAUUUAGAGGUUCAGCGAAAGGGAAUGGCAUUUUUUUUUUCUACUUUCUGAGGCUUACGACUUAACGAGGUUUGAGUUAUAGAGAUUCCACUGCACAAGAGGUUACAAUAUUAAACUUUGCCUCAUAAUAUACUACCUCUGAAGGAUACAUAAAGGAUGUUUUCUUAUUUUUCACUCAAAUUAUACAAAAACUUCGAUGCUGGAAUCAAUGAAUGAGACAAGAUAUGCUACCUUCAUAAAAUUCGUUUUCGAAGUAGAGUUUAAUUUUGGAACCUCUUGUAAAAAUUGAUAAACGUGCAAAAAUGAUAACUUUUUACGAAACCUAAAUCCGGUCCUUUGCACACAGCCUUUUUUUGCUUUUAUGUUAUGAAAAAAAAAAAAAUAUUUUGAAAUAAAUACCAGUGCAAUAGACGCAAAAAUAAUUAAUGCUUAAAUAGGCCUAAUUUUUUUUUAAACAUAGACUAGAGCCUUUUUCGUACAGGAGCUUAGAUUAGAAUUACGCUCAAUGUUUUUGUAAUGGAUACUUGUGCGAAUGAGGCCAAAUAUUAGGCAAAAAUGGUGGACUGUGGACUAUUUAAAUGUAUAAUAUAUAUGACAAAAAAGGCUAUUAUAUAGUCCAAAAUAAUUUAUAUAAUAUGUUGAAUAAAAUUGCUUGAACAAAGUAAUUUUUUUGGAGCUACUGAUGGGAGAAAUUAUUGUAAAGGUUUAUCAGAAUAAUUACCAAAUAUUGUAAAAAUAAACCGAUAUUUUUUCAUGUAAGUAAAACAAUUUCUUUUGUAUUAUUUGAAUUCUUAGAAAUCUGUAACAAUCUAAUUUAUUCUGAUGCAUUUGUUUGCGAAAAACCAGAGGGGCAAUUAUUUGCAUUUAUAAAAAGUAGCUGUGUUGUUUUAAGUUUAAAAUCCAUCCAAAAAUGGCCAAAUUGAUUUUGCGCUUUCAUAAGCAGCAUACUACCAAAGAAGAUACCUAGAUCACUAAGUAUUAGAUAGAAAAUACUUAGUUUGUCUCAAUUUGUUAAUCAAGUGCUAUCAGCCAAAAAAAGGCAAUCUUAGGCUUUAUAUAAUUACUAUAUACUUAAAAUAACACAGUCAUAAAUGCAAAAGUUAUUUCGAAAUUUAUUUUACUUAGAUCAAAAAUAUUUUUGUUUUACAUCAAAAAUUGUGAUAAGUAAACUCUAUCAGUUUGGAAAAUUUGCAGUUUUUUUCGAAUUAAAUACAAAUAUAUUGACACUACUACCUAUAAGAUAAAAAUUCCUCAAACUUUUCUCAUCAUUUAUUGUACGUGUUUUGUUGUUUUUCUAAAGGCCUGAUUUAGACUGUAAAAGAUUUUGUCUUAAGAGUUUUUGUCAACGUGUUUGUAUAAGAACUGAAACAGUUUCUCACGUGUAUGCCCCACUUAAUUCAAUCAUUAUUUACCUUUUGCGUCACUUGCAAAAUCGUUCGCUACGUCCUUGGGGAUAAACAUUUGAAAGAUGUCACAUUCAAUUAAUAAAAGUUGAUAAACUAGGAAGUGCUUUUUGUAGCAUAGUGGUUCAUAAUCUGUUAUUUAUUUGUGAAAAUGGACUCCCCCACUAUAAUUAAGCUAAGAAAUACUCUUCUAGCAAUUUCCUCAUACGGAAAAGUGUACUACAUUCAGAACAGGAUACCUACCUUUCUCAAGUAUGUAAUAUUAAUGUUGCGAGUUGUUUGCUAGGUUCUGAAAAAGAAAAUCAAAACGCUUGAUAACGUUUCAUUGAAGGGAAAUCAUUUUCUUUGUCAUUCAACUACACGCGUACAGCGCGCACUAUCAGAAACUAUCAUGGAGACGCAAGCAUACCGCGUGUCAUAAUAUAUUAUGCGCAAUAUAUUUGCGUCUUCCUAAUAGUUUCUUGUAAGAAUGUUUGAUGGUGUGUGCUAUGUGUCAGACUUUCUUACAAUAAUUUCGAAUAAGAAAUUUGUGUAACGUGUUCUCAGUAUUAAGCUCGAAUUUUGGAGACCAUCUAUUUUGACACAGAUCUUAUAGAGUCUAAAUCUGUCCAAAUUAAUUAUGUAUUUAUUAUUGUCUCAACAAGUAUUACUUUUUUUUUAAUUUGUAUACAUUUUGUUUUUAAUUAAUUUAAAAAAUUUUCAUUUAUUUGAUAAAAUACAAUAAAAA